AUGGGGACCAAACAGAACAUCAGAGCUGAUGGGGCCUUCCAGCAUCUCUCUGUGCAGGUGUUCAGGAAUGGAGGGCAGGGCCAUGAGACACAAGGCCCACUGGAUAAGGGUCUGCCAGGCAGCAAUGUGAGCAGAACCGCUGAGUACAGCAGCACACAGAUUGAGAAUGGAAUCAGCAGUUUUAGUAAUGAUGGUUUUCGACUCGUCAGGAACGUCAAGCUCUUCCACCAUUUUGGAAAUGACAAAGGCAAGAAGGGCAAUGUUAUUUCCUGCAGCGCCGGUCUGGAAGGCACACUGGUGUGCGCGAUCGGUGAGCUGCGUCAGCAGCUGGUCAUGCUUAGAAGCGGGAACUGCUCGCGGGCCAGUGAGGUAGUUCUUGGCACCAAACAGCGAGGCCAAGUCCGGCUCCAGUGGAGGAACGGAUGGCCAGCCCUGGUCGGAGAAGCACUUGACCUUGGUAAUGGGCGCAUACGUGGAAAUUGGCACUUUGACCUUAGCAGGUUCGGAGAAUGCGGCGGACCAGAAGCUCAUGGCAGCGGGGAAGCGCGGCCAGAUGGGGUCUGGACAGCGCGUUUGUGUUGCCCCGAAAAUUCCCGCCAAAUCAUCUGCUUCAGGCGGAGCCGGUUCUGGCACGGCUAGCCCCUUGCGGACUGCAGCCGCGGAGAUGAUGGCAGGUAGCUCCUGGAGCAAAAUCGAUUAUCAAUAUCUAAUCCGAUCGAUUCCGAUCCGAUAUCGAUUCAAUUCAGGUCAUCAAUUUAAAAACAUUUUUGCAGUUACCAUAAUUCCAUGACUGCAUAGUUGUGCAGUAUAUUGAUAAUAUUGACAUUCAAUGAUACAUUAA